AUCUUAAAGUACUGAUCACAGUAGAGUCCUGGCUGUUGCUCUUAUGCAACCAACUUCAGCUUUCUCGUUAAGCUGGUUCAACAUUUUCCGUCAUGGUGACACCAAAGACGUAGAUAUUGAUGAUUCAUCCAGACCUCCUCGUCCAACUGGAGAACCUCAAUCUCCAAGGCCAACUGAAGAACCACAACCUUCAAGACCAACUGGAGAACCCCAACCCCCAAAACCAACUGAAGAACCUCAACCACCUCGUCCAACUGGAGAACCACAACCUCCCCAACCAACUGGAGAACCUGCUGACAAGCCCCGUCCUCCAAAACCUGACGAUAAUGGAAGAACACCAAAACCUGAUAAUAAACCAAGACCACUAAAGCCUGAUGAUAAACCACGCCCACCUAAGUCUGAUAAUAAGCCACGCCCACCAAAGCCUGAUGAUACACCACACCCACCGAAGCCUGAUGAUAAACCACACCCACCAAAACCUGAUAAUAAACCACCCUGCCCAACUGGAGAACCUGAACCACCUCGUUCAACUGGUGAACCACAACCACCUCGCCCAACUGGAGAGCCCGAGCCUCCUCGUCCAACUGGUAAACCACAACCGCCUCGUCCAACUGGAGAACCAGAACCAUCUCGGCCAUCUGAUGAACCAUAA